CUUCCGGUGAAAAACCGCUAUCUGUCAGUAAAAAACACAAGCGGACUGGAAACCGCUACCCGGACCUGAGCUGCAGGUUUUCUGGGACUGAAGCGUCUUCGGAAACCCUCAGACAUCAUGCCCAGACGGACGUAGCUGCCCCGGGACCGUCGCUGCCUCUUCAGCCGGCUGAAGGACGGAACGGGACGGACACAAUCGCAUGGAUAGGCCGGGACGGCUGCUGCUGGUGUCCGAGCUCCGCGUCAGGAACGCGGCGUACAAUGUGAGCCUGAGCCGGUCCCUGCUCGCAUGGAAGAGACGGGCCCCCAGCCCACUGUACCACCCGUUCAGACCCAGUGUGUGUCACAGUGUGCCAGUGUCUGAGAUCAUCUCUGUCAGAGAGGAAGAGGAGGAGAACGGCAGCAGACAAGAAGAUGAUGAUGAUGAUGGCAGCUGGAAGAAGAUCAGAGAGGGUGGAGGAAAGGUCUGCAGGCAGUCCUUCACAGUGUCCUACGUGGAGAGGUGUCGGCCGCACCGCUGGCGCUGUGCCGAGGUCACCUUCACAUGUCCAGACGGGCCGCUCCACCAGAAUUGGGUCAGCAGCAUCAGAGAGCAGCUCACCAGCAUCACCAGCAGACCCAGACACCUGUUGGUCUACAUCAACCCGUACGGCGGGAAGCGUCAGGGCGAGCGCAUCUACGAGCAGAAGGUGGCGCCACUGUUCGCCCAGGCCGGGAUUCUGACACACGUCAUCGGUGGGUCUGUCACCACUGCACACUCCUGCACCGUCCUGCAAGUGAUGGAGCAUCAGGGUCAGAAGAGAGGCAGGAGAAGUGAUGCACCAUCAUGA